AGAAGAAAAAGAAGUAAAUUGUGUCUGUCUUUCAAAAGUAUUCAAUGUAGAAUUUUCACAAAAUUUCGAACAUGUAUCAAUGAACAAGACAAAUAAGAACAAAUCAAGAUGAAAUCAAUCCAUUGGGCGACUGUAAAUUCAGAGACACCAUUCUAACCAAAGCAUAUAACAUAGAAGAAAACAAAAUGUACCGCCCGGCAACUUUAAAACACAGUGUAUCAGACCAAAAUGUUUUUCUCACUUACGUGUGCACUAUAGAACACAUAAAACCAGAAAACUUCGAUCAAAAACGGAACAGCAGUAGUUAUUUCGAUGGAGAAGUGGAAGAGUUUGAUGAAGAAGAUCCGCCAAUUCAAGUGGAAAGAUCGAAAGCGCUCCACGAGCUUGUCGAAUCACAUAGAAACGAUAGGUCUAGUCUGAAAGGACCUGAUGAUUCGUCCGCUCGUCUCACUGCUACUACAUCAGCAGAGGACAGCGAUUAUUCCGAAAAUGACAACAAUGACGUGGAAAAGCAACCUAACAUCCUAAAACUUACUAAGAUGAAGUGGCUCACUGAAGAACAGCCAGGAUCUCCUGACUCUAGCUCACCAAACUUGACUCCAGCACUGUCAUCAACAAGCACAAACUGCAGCAGAGAAUCAGAAUCGGACCUGAAUGCUUCCUUCAGCAGUGACAAGUAUCUGUCCACCAUCCUACGUUUGGACAAGGAGCAUAACCUGUUUGGGCUGUCGAACAUAGCCAUCGUAGGAUCGCGACCAUCGAAGAAGAUCAAGAAUCAAGAUGACAGGCCCGUGUUCCACCAGACGGCGAUAGUGCAAGUGUGCUGUGGGAUGGGGUGCUGCAGGCAUAUGAGUAGAACAGAUUUGCCGGCAUCCCUAAAGUGUCCAACUUGUCGCCCCUGUUGCGGGAGCGCAUCUGGCUGCUCAACCUGCGCCAUCCCAUGUCCGCCUGCGGUGUGUCCACCGUCGUCAGCUUGCCCAAUAUGUCCAUCUGUAAAGUGCAAUGAAUGUCCCCAAAGCUUUGGAUUGACGAUAUCAAUUUCGAGAAAGCCGAAAUUUGAACCCUCACCGAUUGAAAUAACUCCGCGAUCCAGCUGUGUUCUUCAAAAGCCGUUUGCAGCAAGAUCCUGUCACCAUUGCCCUCAAUGCGUGCCACCGUCCUCUUGCUUCCCCUACCUAAUGCCCUGUUUCUGGCCUUCGCGCGCCGGCGCCCCCUGCAACAACCCAGCCCAAUGUUUCCACAACCCCCCCUGCAGACCCCCAAGGAAGAAGGGAACAGGACAGCCAGCAGGGAAGCCCGAAGUUUGCCCACCGAAAUGUGAAGAAAAUGCACAAAAAUGCAUCAAUCAAAGUUGUCUUGGUAAAAAUGCCGAGUUCAAAAAAGAAUUGGAGAAGCACUUUGGCAAAAAUGCACGCAAAGAGAGCCGUUGAGAUGUAUCCAGUGAUGAUUGACAAAGGAAAUUCAUCUUUAGUACAAGUUAUCGGAUCGUGUAGUGAAGAAAUCGAUAAUAAACUGAGAGGAAACGUUCGACCAAUCCGUUCAUUAUCUCGGCCGUGCAAAUGCGUCAUAGAAUAUAUAAAGAAAUACUGUCUACAACAUCAG